AUGUUGUCGGCGGCGAAGGUACGCAUUCAUGGGAUGCAAGAUGAAAAUUGGGUGAUAAAGGACAAGAUCAACCAAUACCGGGGCCUAAUUAAACUGUACGAACGUGACCGCAAGAUCCAUGAAGGAGACUUGGCCAAACAGAAGCGACGAUACUCCCGUGAUAUUCGGCAGCUGCGCAAGGACAUCUCAACCAAACGCGAUGAGCUAGGGGUGGUGGUGUACGGAGACAAGCAAUUCCUCAGAAACGCCUUCCAGGAGCACCGCCGACUGCAGCUCAUGUAUAUGAACAGUCAGGCCGAUAAAGUACUGGAAAGUAUACACCAAGAAAAUUUUAACAAGAGAAAGAAACUGGACAGAAUCAGAUUCAUAAAGAAGAAAAAGAUGGAGACAUUUCGACAAUCGCAGUUAGAAGCAGCUGAACUAAGGGACAGAAUUAUUUACGAAGUAGGUGGAAAGCUUCCCGCAGAGAAAAAGGAACAAGCCGUCGCUAAUUAUGUGCAAAAAGCUAAUAUUAAGAAGAAUGCCGCUCUAGCCAUUAAAGUCAUGUAUAAAAAAAUUUUAGAUAUUCUUAAGAAGGACUCGUCUUACUUCACGGUGGUAUUAGAAGCGUUGAAACUGGACUGCAGAGCACAGGGCAAGUGUUUAAUGGGUGCUACCGAAAUGGGCCAGCUCGCCAUGGAGUACCUAGACGAUAGAAAGUUCGAGUUUAACAAGCUGGAAAAAGAAAUCAAAGCAAAUAUGAAAGAACGCGAAAGAACUUUAAAACUUGUUCGCCGAGAAGUUGCUUACUUAACCAAUUCUUUUCCAAAACUCAUUCGAAAAGAAGAAGCGACAAGUCUGGACGACCUUUACGAAAACGAGGAUGCUGGCAGUCACCAUUCUGUGCACUGGGAGCUCGAAGAAGUGUUGGCAAUUUGUAAAAAAUUACAAAAAUCUACUCUCGUUUCAUCCUUCGAUGAGAUUUUGUCCAGACUUAAGGAGCAGAGGUACCAGACGGAGCGCCUGUCUAUGCAGUUGAUCACCAAUGUUAUGAAACGAGACGCGCUCAUCGAAGGCCGCAAACAUGCCGUCCUAAUGCUGGAUUCACUCAAGAAUGUCGGUCAAGAGGCCACUGCUGUAUAUUUAGCGAACAAAAAGCAACUACGCGCCGCUCUAGAUGCGGAGUUGCGUGAGGAGGAAAAUCUGACUCAUUCAUUGGACGAUAAAGGCAAACUUCUCCUAGAGAUGAAAACCUCGCUCCAACAGAUCAACCAGCUCCUUUCCAGUGUCGGUGCUUCACGCGCGCCGCGUCCUUACGGAGGCGUGCCACAAGCUAUCCAGUACGCACUCGAUGAAAUGAUCCAGCCCGUACCAGAACUCGAGUCCGACUUUGACAAACUGAUAACGACGGCGAAGCAGAAGUUGACCGUAUUGGUUGGUGCGGUGUCUAAGAUGGAGGUGACGAAUGAGGUGAAGGCCAACGCCAAGCAAUUCUACCAUAAUAUUCUGGCGCGAAACAUGCGCGAGAAUUUCAAGGAGGAAGCCGUAAUCGAAGGAGGGUUGAUUGAGUUUGAGAUGGAAGAUCCGAAUGUACCUAGUCACGCCAUCAUAAAGUUGCGCAGUAAACAGCUGGUCGACGCCCAGGUCAGCGAGUUCGACGUCGUCGACAAGAAAUAACCCAUGACGGCUAAAACUAACGUUGGUUAAUUAUAAUAUUUAUAAAAAUUUUAAACCAGUUUCUUCAUAUCGAGUUCUUAGUUCAGUUUCUUUAUUUUACCAUGGAUCUACAUUUACUAAUUAAUAUAUUUUUUUACUCCUGUUAAUGACAAUGCAUUUACAAAGUCAAAGUAAACAUUUAUAAACUAAUGUUUACUCGUACAUAGUCCAACCAGAACGUCUAAUUAAUAAUUGUUCACGAUACAAUACAAUAUUAAAUUUUAUUCCAUAGAUGGCAAUUGUGUUUUGGCGUCACAAAAAAGGUACGAACUUUUUUCAGCUAGUAACAAUAGUACUCAGGAUAACAGCGAAAUAAUGAUAUUUUAUGAUGGCAAAAAGACUUUUAGGUUUCCUAUACUAAUUUCAAUUUGAAUGAGGCGCCAAAAAUUUGUUUUUGUAAUUUAAAAUUAUUUUGUGAUAAAACUGUUUCUUAUCUUGUUAAUACGAUUACCAGCGGAAAUUUAGCCGCUGUUUCUAUCUUACGCUGUAAAUAAUGAUAACUAGUCUAUUUCAACAUUACAAGCGUUUCCGUUUUGAUUGUUUUCAUAGAAAUAUACGACUCUGUUCAUCUAGAAUAACUAAAGGUAUGGUGGGUUUAUAUGUAGAGAAUUCGUAAUUAUACCUGCAUGUUAGUCUAUGAUAGAUUUCACUUUUAUUGUCAAGUGACGCUUUGAUUUGCUGAAAAAUUUUGUGUUUAUAAACUCACAUAAAUUACAAUGCAAGCAAAAAAAUUAACCAACGGAUUUUGUUCUACGAUAUUCGAUAAUACAUGGUUACAAAAAAUGUAUAAAACUUAUCUUACUCCCGCAAUAUACGUAUUCAUGAGGUAAAUGGAUGCAAAAAAUUCUUAAAUCUUUCUUUUUAUUAGUCUUAAGCUCUGUUUCUGUCUUAGUAGAAUAACAUGCAUAAGUUUGACAUCGUAAAUACUCUGCGUAACAAGUGUAACAGUAAAAAAUAGCCUAUAGUUGUUUCUGGACUAAGUUGUGAGUUUGUGUGAUUCUACUUAUAAUGAUAUUAGUGUGUGCGCUUUCAAAUUGGACACUUGUAGAAGCGCUGCAGUAAUUUUUAGUUCACUUUUGUGACUGCAAAUGUAGUGCGCGCGUGUCACGAUAGAGAGGCGCUGCAACUGCGCUUCUAAAUAUUGUAUGAAUAUUUGUGAGUACUGAUCCCACUGCAGUGCUUCUAUAAGCAUCUAGUUUGAAGGCGCCCUAAGCAGUCAAAUUUCCAUUAAUUAUUAUUAAUUAAUUAGGUGGUACUGGAAUCACUAUUGACUGUUAUUGUUUUGUUCUAUUAUGCUCACUCAAAUUUCGAGUAGAGUCCAUAAAAAUUUUAAGGUAAUGUAAGGAUUUUAACAAAUUCAUUAUGAGACGAUAAUUAUGUAAUUUUAUAAAUCCGCAUUAAAAUUAACACUAUGGCCGUA